AUUUAAAUUUGUUUGCGGUUCACCGUUCAACGGACUUUCUUGACAAUUUGAAAUCAAAGACGCGUUUUAGUGGAUUUAUUCAAAAACAAUUGUAGUGGAGUGUUUAUUUCGAGUUAUUUUAUGUGUAUUGUGCCAAGAUGACGACGGAUAAGAUAAGGAAGGACAAGAAUCAGAACAUUCAGGUGUUCAUUCGCUUAAGACCAUUAAAUCAACGAGAAAAGGACAUAAAAUCCCUGGGGGUGAUAGAGGUGGUGAACAACCGGGAGGUGGUGGUCCGCCAGUCGCAGCAGACCUCACACACUAAGAAGUUCACAUUUGACAGAGCUUUUGCUCCGAGUGCCAGCCAGGUAUACAUUGUUAUUUAUAUUUCUUUAUUUUCAUGUGGCUGUUGAUGCUUUACAGACUCAUGUUACAUAUGAGACAGUAAGAGAACACAGAAGCUUGUCCUUG